AGAAAGAGCAGCUGGCUUUAGGGAGUGGAAGGACUGGUCUUAGGAAUAUUGGUAACACAUGUUUCCUGAAUGCAAUAGUCCAGUGUUUGUCCCAUACUGGAAGCCUGCGGGACUACUGUCUCCUUAAGUCUUUCAGACAUGAAAAGUUUUCCAAAGAGGAGGCAAGGCUUACAGAAGGUAUUGUCUAGCCUUUGGGACGCAAAAGAAGUGGACACGGUUGUAAAUCCAAGACAGUUUUACAAUAUUUUCAAAGAUGCCGUGCCUUGCUUCAGUGGCUAUAGUCAACAGGAUGCUCAGGAGUUUCUCAGGUUCCUUUUGGACAAGCUGCAUACUGAAAUCAACCGCAAGCCCAACAUUAGACGAACCCCGAAGGACCCUGAUCAAAAAUAUGCCAGAUUUAGGAUUUCUGAAGAAGCAGCUGCUACGUGGAAGAAACACUUAGAGAGAGAAGACAGCAGGAUAGUCGAUCUGUUCUCGGGUCAGUUGCGGAGCUCUCUGCACUGCUCCGUCUGCUCCCACUACUCCAACACGUUUGAUGUCUUUUGCGACCUGUCGCUGCCCAUCCCCAAGCCGCGCUCUGCUGGAAAGGUGACACUGAAGGAGUGUCUGGACCUCUUUUCUCAAGAGGAGCGACUGGACAAGGAGAAUUCACCUAUGUGCGAGAGGUGUAACAGGCACACAGAGAGCACUAAGCGUCUGUCCAUCCAGAGGUUUCCCCAUGUUAUUGUGAUCCAUCUGAAUCGUUUCGCUACAUCACGGUGGUCCAUCAGUAAAAGCACCGUCUGCGUGUCCUUCCCACUCACCCACCUAGAUCUCGGGCCUUACGGACCUGUGGAUUGCGGUCCAGUUCUGUAUGAUUUAUAUGCAAUAUGUAACCAUGUGGGGACUGUAAACAUUGGUCACUACACAGCCUGCUGUUCAGAUGAGAAUGGAUGGUGUUACUAUAAUGACUCUAGUGUGACACCAGUUUCUGAGAACCAGCUUCAGACCAAUCAAGCUUAUGUGUUAUUCUACCAACUCAGUAACAACUCUGCUCCUAAAAGGCAUUGAGACUUCAGACUGGCUGAGGAAGACAGCCAAUCAGAUAAACUUUACCUCCAGUGACCAUAGAAACAAACACAGUGCAGCCAUGCUGGGAUUUAUGAACUUUUUUUAUUCCCAUGGAAGUGCAGCACAAAUAAUGUGCAACACUAUCGUGCUCUUUUAAGAGCAAAAUGUCCACUAUGGAAGAGCUAAUAAGGAGAACGGCUCAGGUGCACGGUUUCCUUUAUUAUCGCCUUGUUCUCGAAAUGUUUUGAAGCAAAGCUCUUAAGCUAUUUGAUUGGCAGGAUUCAUUGGUGAUCUUCCCAACCAUCUCAUCUCAAUAUUCUGAUGUUGUAAAACAAUUAUUAAAUAGUUCUUGUUUAUGUGUUAAAUUAAUCUUUUUGCCACAGUUUUGUGUAUGUGUAUGUGUAAUACAUGUAAUGUAUUAAGGUAUUGCUUUCUCUAUUACUGUUAUAAUAUGUCUAAACAUUGGUUUAUCUUAUUUAUCCCACUUGGCAACUUGAACAUAUUAUCUGCUGUAUUCUGAAGUUCAAUGCAAAUUAUACCUGUAGACAAAAUAGUUUUCACUUCUGUCUGAACUUACAGUAUAGUGGAUUCCAUAUAUUGACACAUUUAUUAUUGUAACAAACUAUCUUUAUGUGCUGUUAAAAGCAUGCAUUAUCGUCCUGAGGCUUACCAAUGCAUUUUGGCCUUUUUUUAAAGGGGAACUUCAUUUUGGGGGAAUUUUGCCUAUCAUUCACAAUCCUUAUGUGAGAUAAUCACAUUUAUGUUUUUCUUUUAUAAUGCAUUCUAACUCGUAAAUAAAAGUCAGCUAACAAUGGAGUCAAUGGUAGUCGCAUUAUUCUGUCUAUAAAGCGCUCUAAAAAACAGUCAAACACACCCUUCAAUGUUUUAUAUACAGGCUGUAUUUAUAUACUGUGUGUCAUGUAGUAACAGGCAAAUGUAUAAUAUGUAAUAUUUACAUAUUUUGCUCAUUUUAAGGAUACGGUGGCACAUUAAUUUCACAGACAUGUUAUGUUUACUUUUUUCUUCAACAACAACUACUACUAAUCAUGGCAGACUUCAUGAGCCACAACAAACAUAAUAGAAUGAUCACUUAGUGUACAAUAUCUGCUCUCACCAGGAUGCCGACUGAUGGGAUGUUCAUAUCUUGCUGUUUAGAUGAAGAAUUAAUCAUAAACCACACAAAGGGUUGAAAAAAGAAUGGUGCCGCAAACGAGCGUCUUUUCAUGUCUUUCUUGUUAUCUUAGGGUAUUAGUUGAAUGUCAUGGAUGACCAACUUCUCGGUUUAUGGCUACAUCCUUCUACUAUCCAGGUGAGUGGUAUGAUAUAUCAUCUAGAAUUAACUUUGACCAACUCAGAAGCAAUUAUGGUGCAGCUGCACAUGCUAGUUAGCUCUCUGUGAUCACGGUGCGGCUAAAAAUAGUUUGUCUGCGUAAACCCUUAUAACAAUGUUGCUAAUACAUGGUUAAUAUCCAGGCCACGAGAUGUUUUGGGGUGUAUUUUAGAGUGAUUUAGAGGCAAAAUGGAUUACUCCCAUUAACACCAUUGCUGGCUACCUAAAAUUAGCCAAUUAUUACAAAUUAGAAUGCAAAAAACCCAAAACAUAUGUAUUUCUGUCUCUCGUUAAGAUUGUGAAUGAGAGGUAUUCCAAAAAAAGUGAUUUUCCCCUUUAAGGGGUUGCUUUACAGCCUUAUUUCAAAUGCAAAACACAUGACAAGAAUAAACACGUUGAGAGGACAUCCUGGACUUUGCAGUGAUAUAUGAUUUCUUAGGGUUUGUCAAAUAAAAUAGAAGAGCAGUCUUCCCAAAAUGGCUGUCAUACCAACCAGCAUGUUUUAUGGGCAGAAUGGAAGAGAGUUACCUAAAUAAAUUGAGGGUGUUUUUAAGUGGAGGGUGUAGUGUUUUCUAAGUUUAAUCAAUAGUUUGAGGUGGUUUUGGUAACAUACUGUAAUAUCUAUAACACUAAAAACAUUUUUUGGAUUGUCACCUGUGGUGCACAUGAGGAUCCAAGCAGGCACAAGACAUUAAAACAACGUUGAGAACGUGUUGAAUUAGGUCCGGACGUUGAGCAACUCAAACCUAACAUUGGAACAUGCUUUUUGACAAUGUUUAAUCAAUGUUGGGUUCUGACCUUGAUUUGACCAUUGAAUUUUGUUCAAUUCCCAACCAAUACUUUACAACAUUGAAACAACAUGCUUUUUGACGACAUUAAUUCAAUGUCAGGUUGUGACGUUGAUUUGACCUUUGAAAUUUGGUCAUUUCCCAACCAACUACAUGGAUUCAACAUUAGACAUGAACGUUGUCUCAAUUUACAAAUACAACUAUUUUGCAACAUUGUUUAAGUCAGUUUUAAAAAAACAUAUGUAUAAUCAACGUUGUAUCAAUGUCUUGUGCCUGCUGGGGACUACUGUUAUUUUGCUUUCUGAACUCACUAUGUUCUCUGCUCACUGUACAUAUCCUACCAAGUCAGACCUACACUGUUUCAAUGUCCAAUUCUCUGAUGAUGCAAUUGUUGAUGACUGAAGUGCUGUUAUCAACCAAACUCUCCUCAUCCCACCCCCCGGAUUGUAAAUAUUGUACAUAAUGUAAAUAAUUCAAUGUAUAUACUCUGAUGAUUAACUUGUGUGACGACUGUAUUAUGCUGAUAGUAUAUAUGUGUACCAUGAAUUGAUUUACGUGGACCCCGACCUAAACAAGUUGAACAACUUAUUCGGGUGUUACCAUUUAGUGGUCAAUUGUACGGAAUAUGUACUGUACUGUGCAAUCUACUAAUAAAAGUUUCAAUCAAUCAAUCAAUG